UUCUUCUCGACACAUCUCCAUAUUUUGCGUUGUCUACCUUCAGGAUUUGGUACGAGUACUCGUGUCUUUAAAGUGACAUACUGUCACAUGCAUAAUCGGUAUAUAGGGCUGUAGUGCAGUUAUUAUGGCCACGUCCCCUUGUUGUUGUCCUGGUUUAUCCCUUUUUCGAAUGUACGUGUAGGCGUACGAAAGUUUGUAAGGUUUAUGGUGUGGCUGUCUCGGGUGUUGAGUGACUAAUGACAACAAGAGGGCAGAUGCGUAAGUGAGCGUGAAGAAGCGUCAAAAGUCCCUCGAGGCAUCCUGCUUCAGCGCUGCGCAGAAAUUCAAGUUUUAGCGGCUAGGUUUUUUUUAUUGCGCAUGCUGGCGUAUAGGCGCUGCUGCGAAAGAUUUGGGGGAAAUUGUCCGGUAAUUUUGUUUACACGCAUUAACGAUGCCGUUCCAAGUGUAGACGCGUCGCCGUGGAUUAUCACGCGGAUCUUGUAGUUUUGCUGUAGUCAGUGUGUAGUAGUGUCAUACGAUUCGAAAGCAUCUACCGUCGAUUAUAGUCUCGCCAUUAGGGCGCAAUCGUUCUGUUCUGGAAUGGAAUAAUCCCGCAUGCAGUGUGUGUAAAUCUAAUUUUUCACUUGAUUUACCAGUGUAUGGAGGCUGUGAACGAAUUGCUGUAAACCUGACAAGACACCGAAAACGACAUCACAGAUGCCAGUGCGCACAGAUCUUUUCCCGCUGUAAUCUGCGCUGGUUUAAUACGGUACAGUGAAGCUUAUUUGCAUGUGGCAUCCUUUGUAGAGAUCAGCUUCUCCCGGGAGUCCGCAUUUAUCCUGUUCUGUGACAAAAUGAGCCAGGCAUCGAUUUUUCUCCAUCCGCACUCCUUAAUUUAGUGUGCGCCGCACCUGAAGAGCAUAUUACACACAUUCCACUGUUGUGUAUUCCCGUCGCAGCCCAACAUUUUGUUGGCUGCGUAUGCCUUUAUUAAUGUCUCUGCAUCGAUAAUUUUGACACUAUUACCAUUCAGCUGGUUGCGGUGAACAAACAGCGCAUCGGCCAGAGCGGCAGAAUAUAAUAAUAGCAGAAAAGAUGGAAUUUUGGAAGCGAUUUUCGGGUUUUGUGUGGAAUGAGACGUUCUGGCUGCCGCCUAACGUCACAUGGAUCGAUAUGAAAACGAUGCCGGAUAAACAGUAUCCGGAAUUUUAUGCCUUGUUUUAUCCCAUACCAUUGGCUCUUGUCAUCUUUUUUGUCAGGCUCUUAGUGGAGAAAAUCAUCUUUGAGCCUGUGGGAAACUGGUUGCGCAUUCCGGGUCGGCGCCGGAAACCAAUGCCCAAGCAUGCAGCUCUGGAAGCAGCUUUUAACGAAUCAAAAAAUCUACUACAUCAUGACAUCAUGGGGUUGGCUAAAAGAUGUGAUAUGACGGAGCGGCAAGUCGAGCGCUGGUUUCGCCGACGCGAGAACGAAAGCAAGGUUCAAGUCACUCAGCUUGACAAAUUCAAAGAGACUGGAUGGCGUUUUAGUUUUUAUUUGGGAAUAUUCACUUACGGCAUUUGGGCACUUUGGGAUAAGCCUUGGUUCUGGGAUAGCAGCUAUUUUUGGAUGGGAUAUCCUUUUCAGGAAGUCAAUUCCGAUAUCUGGUGGUAUUAUAUGGUGGAACUGGGAUUUUAUUGGUCAUUGUUGAUCUCACAGUUUUUCGAUGUCAAACGAAAGGACUUUUGGGAAAUGUUCUUCCAUCAUAUUAUUACGAUUUCCUUGAUGUGUUUCUCCUGGACGGACAAUACAAUCAGGGUCGGCACGAUGGUGCUGGUAAUCCAUGAUGCAGUGGAUUUUUGGCUUGAAGGUGCCAAAUUGGCCAAAUAUGCCCGAAAAGCUAAACUAUCAUCGGUUUUGUUCGUGCUUUUUGCACUGGUUUGGGUACUUACAAGACUGUUUGCCUAUCCAUACCGCGUCUUGCGGUUCACACUACCGUGUCCCAUGGGUGAACGAUGUUUUCCGGCAUUUCAUUUGUAUAAUUGCUUGCUAUGCAGCCUACAAGUGCUUCACGUGUUCUGGACAUUCACCAUUAUGAGAGUAAUAUACCGGGCGCUGAAUACGGGAAAGACUGAAGACGUUCGAAGUGAUACCGAGGAUUCGGGAGAGGCCGAUAAUCACGUGGAUGAUGGUGUUCAAUAUGGGCAUCGCAAGAGACUUAGUGAUGUCGUGGGCAGUGGCGAUAAGGCUGUAUUUUUAAACGGAACUGGGAACGGUUUCCAUGUGGGUGAGCGGAAUGGCGACAUUCAUGGGAAAUAGCACCUUCGUAGUCCUUUACGAGUCCAGACGGAUACUUGCAACAUUUACGCAGCUGUGCUCAACGAUCUUUGGAAAUGCAUGCGCUGUGCAUUUUGUUUAUGGUAAUUCCAUACGGCUUUGUACAGAGGAUUAUGUUUGCCGAGGCAUCCCUCCUUCAAAUCAUCCGUUCGUUUCAUACAUUCCAAUUUUUCGAAGUAUAUGAUUGUGCGGUUUUGAGAAGCUUAGCGGAUUGCGAAUCCUGAUUUUGAUAAACGGUUCGAAAGUAUUAGAAGCCUUUAAUAAUUCGAAUACAGUCAGUGUUGGGGAAAAGUUUCUUUGUGAUUUUCCUAUUUGAUUUGGCUUGAGGUUUGUGAUUCUCAUGUUUGCAGUUCCUGAAUUGUAUGGUUAUUUUGGUGCCCGGAUAUAAAUUAUUCGAAUUAAAUUUAUAUCAUUCAA